GGCCUUCUUUGCAGCCCGCAUCAUCGACUUUUCUCUUGAAAACAAAACAAACCCGCGCUCCAGGCCUCGCAAAACACGACUGGCUACCAUCUACUACCAUUUUCGACAACAGCAUUCCCUGCACGACUUACCCCUCGCUGUCAAUAUGGCCAACGACGAGUACGACUUUCUCUUCAAAGUCGUGUUGAUCGGAGACUCCGGCGUCGGCAAGUCCAACCUGCUUAGCCGUUUCACCCGCAACGAGUUCAACCUCGACUCCAAGUCGACCAUCGGCGUCGAGUUCGCGACCCGGUCCAUCCAGGUCGACUCCAAAACCAUCAAGGCUCAGAUUUGGGACACGGCAGGCCAGGAGCGCUACCGGGCAAUCACUUCGGCCUACUACCGAGGCGCCGUCGGCGCCCUUCUCGUCUACGACAUCAGCAAGCACCAGACCUACGAGAACGUGAUCCGGUGGCUCAAGGAGCUUCGAGACCAUGCUGAUGCGAACAUCGUCAUCAUGCUGGUCGGAAACAAGAGCGAUCUGCGGCAUUUGCGCGCCGUUCCGACCGAGGAAGCCAAGGCAUUCGCAAGCGAGAACCACCUCUCCUUUAUCGAGACCUCGGCGUUCGAUGCCAGCAACGUUGAGCUUGCUUUCCAAAACAUCCUGACUGAGAUCUACCGUAUCGUUUCGAGCAAGGCCCUGGACAGCGGCGACGCACAGGCGAUCCCUCAAGGGGGCACGACUAUCCCUCUCAGCAAGACGGCGGAUGACGGUGCGGGUCAGGGAGGGAAGUGCUGUUAAUUUCUUCACGGCGCCGGUCGCACCGCUCAUUAGAGCAGGAAUGAUACACACAAUGGCGUACACUGGCCGGACUUACGUCAACCGAGGGAGCAUCAAAUGGGCUUUUCUCACGAAUUUCGCUGGUGUCUUUCAUGGAGUGUGACGACGAUAUCGGGCUGAAAGGGGGGACUGGGUGGGAAGGAAGGGAGUGUUUAUUUUAUCAUAUUAUUUCUCUGUUUCCGCUUUCCGCUUUGCUCUGCUCUAGUAUCUGCUUUUCUAUCUCUCUCUCUCUUGCGGAUUGUAUGGGAUCCUCCAAGGAGGGUUUUCAUGGCUCUUCCGGGCCUUGGCAGUCAAGAUAAUAUAGGCAUGCGCUUGUUUACGACGGAAUUUGCUUACAACCAAGUGGGCAUUAAUUCCUACAUUCCAUUUGCGUCGAGGUUAUAGAUCGCCCAACGCCUUCAUAUUGGGUGAUGCAGAGGCUAGAGGGGAAG